UAGUGGUGAAUAGUAUGCUUUACUAAAUCGAUUGACUUUUUCUCUUUACGUAUGUUUUCUGUAAAAAUGUAUAUGUGUGUAUGCAUGUACGUAUACAUAAAAAAAAUGCAUGAAUGAACAACGCACACACACGGAAUGCAGGAAUCAACGCCGCCAACGCAGACAGACACCAGCCCAACCGGAGAACGAGAGCUAAUGCGCGACAUGGCCGAUUUGGACGCAGUGCAUUUAGGCUUGGACGAGAAUGAGGCGGAUAUAGCCGAGGAGCUGCAAGAUUUCGAUUCCUUUGAUACACGCAGUGAAGCUUCUAAGUCGCGUGGCGGCUCAGUGGGGUCCGAUUCGGAGCCCAGCAUAAGUUCAGUAAGCUCGGCGCCAUCCUCUGGCGCGGGCAGCAGUAGUGGCCGGCGAACUAAAAAUUCCAGCUCCAAGUCAAGCAAAGAGCCGGCAAAGCCUGGCAAGAAAACCUCCAAGCGUGCUGCUUCGCCCGCUGAACGUGAUCUUAAUGGCAAAAAGAAGACACGUAAGAAGUCCAGUGAGCCAAAAGACAAGCCGCAGGAACAGGAGCGUGAACGUGAGCGCGACCGAGAACGGUCACGGGAGCGCGAACGAGAGCGGUCACGAUCACGGGAGCGCGAACGAGAAAGGUCUCGGUCGAGGGAGCGCUCACGUGAACGCAGCUCCGGCGGCAAAAAGCCGAGAGCUAAGAAAUUGAAUGACAACGAGGCCAACAAAAGCGCCGAUCUAAGCGAUGUCGAUGAUGAAAAGCCAGUCACACAGCCCGCACUAGAGUCGGACAGUGAUAGCGAUUCGGACUCUGAUUCGGGCACGCAGCAUAAACGCAAUGGCAGCGCACGCAACAAGGCCAAGAGUCAAUCGAAGAGCUCCACACCGGAGAAACAAGAUGCCAGUGGUGGUCAGAGCGGCACAAAGUCAUAUGACUACAUGACCAAGAUCAAUUAUUUGUUCCGUGACACACGCUUCUUUCUAAUCAAAUCCAACAAUAGCGACAAUGUGCAAUUGUCGAAGAGAGAAAAUGUUUGGGCCACGCUGCCACAAAACGAUGCCAAUCUGAGCCAGGCCUUCAAAGAGGCGCGCAAUGUCCUGCUCAUAUUCUCAGUCAAUGAGAGCGGUAAAUUUGCAGGCUUUGCCCGCAUGGCGGCCGCCUCACGUCGGGAUAUUCCGCAAGUAGCCUGGGUGCUGCCGCCUAGCAUAUCCUCCAAGGCAUUGGGCGGUGUCAUAGAGCUGGACUGGAUAUGCCGCAAGGAGUUAUCCUUUAAUGCCACAUUGCAUUUGCACAACAGCUGGAACGAGGGCAAGCCCGUUAAGAUAGGACGCGAUGGCCAAGAGAUUGAGCCCAAAAUUGGCGCUGAGCUCUGUCGACUCUUUCCCGAGGAUGAGCAAAUCGAACUAACGCCCAUCUUGCGCAAAUCCAAGGAGACAGCGCGUGUGAUGCGUGAGAAGGGCAUACAUGUUAUCUACAAGGCACCGCGUAGUCUGUCCACACGAGGCCAUGGCCAUGGUGGUGGGCGGGGCAAUCGAAUUGGACCGAUGCGGCAUAAGCGCAACUAUGGACACCAGGAGCCGCCACAUCAUCAUCAUAAUCAGCGCUCCUAUCGUCAUCAUCAGCAGCAUCACCAUCAGCAGCACCACCAUCCGCAUCACGGCAAUGAUGGCUGGGGCAAUGGCGGCUUUAAACGUAGCGGCUCACCCUAUAGGCAAAUGAGUGGCAGUGGUGGUGGCGGCGGCGGCGGCUCUGGCGACAUGAGCAUGCCCAGCUGGGAGCGUUACAUGUCCUCUGCCGCUGCAGCGGAAGCCUACGUGGCAGAUUACAUACGCAAUAUGCAUGGACAGCUGCCGCCGUUGCCGUUUGUGCCAUCCUUUGGUCAAAUGCCGAUGCCAGGCGCAGCGGGUGCUGCAUUGCCACCAGGUGCACCGACCUCGAUGUAUGAGCAAGUGCCGCCACCGGUGCGAUACUAUGACGGACCCGGUGCACCGCCGCUGCCCGAUUAUCCGCCACCGCCGCAACCUAUGCGCCCACCACCGCCCGGUUUCGACAAGUCGCCGAGCUAUGAGGAUUUUGCAGCCUGGAAGAAUGCUGGACUUCCCACAGUGGCAGCGCCACCUGGAUUUGGCGCAGACGGCGCCAAUAUGCCAAGUUCCGGGAAUCGGGAACCCGGCAGCAAUGCGGGAACUGGCGACAUGCUAAGACGACGACGCGGCGGCGGUGGCGGUUCCUCGCGUCAGUUUCGCGGCGAACGGGGACACAUGCGAUAUCGCGAUCGACGUUAAAGUGUGAAUAACAAGAAGAAGAGAGCAAACAAGCGGGAGAGCGUAUUAUAAGAGUAUAAAGUGCGCGUUUUAAAGGUUUCCUGCGCUCUCUCUCUUCUACACCACUCGCAACUCUCGCGUGUGUUUUAAAGUUAAAUCGAAACAACAAAAAAUCAAAAAGAAUUGAUAAAUGUGUGAGCAAAGCAGCGCAGCAGUUAUUCCUUCCCUUCCACCACACCCUACACUCUCUCUCUCUCUCAAAACAACUCUUUGCUGGUUUGCUUAAGAGCUUUUUAUGAUUUCAAAUUUUUAAAAAACAAACAUACAACUUAAGCAAAAAUAUAAAAUUACGACAUAAAAAACAAAAAAGAAAAUAAGCAAAAAAAGAAAAUAAUUAAAUGAAAUAACAAAAAUGUGAACUUUUAUUAUAAAAAAGAGAGACGCUACAACAACCGUUACGAACUACAAUUUUGAAAACGCAGACGCGUUGUGUGUGUGUUUACAUAUAAGCCGUUAUAUUACCCCCUCUAAAAUCCCGCUAUGCUGCCAAACACGAACAGACUGUCCUUUUAGAUCCUGUACAAUCAAGUAUAAUGGAUCUGUUAUUCAUUUAUAUAUUUAUAACGCUCGUCAGUCUGUGAUAUAUAAUUUGUGAUAA